UUUCACAAUGUUCACUUUAAACUUUUCUUUCUGACCUUAAGAUUCGACUAGACAAAAUAUACAAUUUAAUAUGAAGUACCUAUUAGCAGUCGCUGUAGCAUUUCUGAUGAUGGUUGCUUUCUUUGAUACUACUUCAGCAGUAACUGAGCCAGUUUGUGGAUAUGAAAACGCUCAAGGAAAGAUGAUCUUCCUCAAGUACUACCCAGAAUCCAGGAUUGGUGAAGAUUAUUCAGAAACUGAUGCCAAUGGAAAAUGCACAAAAGUAACAUGCCAAUCGAAUUAUACUUUAAAAACUGAAGAGUGUUAAUUUUGAUGAUUUUUUAACAGCAGUAUGAAGGUAAAAAUUCGUCCUUCUAAGCACUUGAAAGCAAAACAAUGUCAAAACAAUAGUUAUAAAAGAAAAUAAAAUAU